AUGAUAAAUCCAUGUCUUAUAUUCUUGAUAUCAAGCUUAGGAUUUCCAUCAGUGCGAGCUGGAUAUGCGCCUAAGCUAUGUGAUUGUCCAACGACGCCACUUGUCAGGCCCGGAGGGAACCUUUCUGACAACGAAGAAGCAUACCGCUUGGCGCGGAAAUUGCAAGCGGAUGAAGCUCUCAGAAAAUGGUUGAAGAAGACAGAUCCAGGGUUCGGAGCGGAAGAAUUGCCUACUAUUGCACUUGCUACUAGUGGUGGUGGCUAUCGAUCACUACUUUCAGGUGCAGGCGUAGUUCAGGCCUUGGACUCACGAGAUUCUAACUCGAGCGUUAGCGGUCUAUACCAAGCUCUCACAUACCACUCCGGCUUGUCAGGUGGUGGAUGGAUGGUAUUCUCGAUUGCCGGAAAUAACUAUCCGACUAUCAGCCACCUAAAGGAAAAAAUUUGGAAAAACUCUUUCAAAUCCAACUACUUCGCCCCCAAGAACCUAGUAUUUUCAUACCACGAAGAUAAAGUGGUGACUGAUGUCUUGGAAAAACAGGCUGCUGGCUUCAAUACGUCUCUCGUUGAUCGCUUCGGCCGACUUUUAACCCGCCAAUUUCUCGGGAAAUUUGAUGACUCCUCAACCACUCUUUCUUCCAUCGCAAGUAUGUCUAAUUUUACUUCACAUUCCGCACCGAUUCCUAUAAUAACUGCCUUGGGUACUGAAAGCGUGCUCGAUAAAUGUAGGGUCGAUAAUAACUCUACAACUUAUGAGUUUACUCCCUUUGAAUUUGGUAGUUGGGAUCGUAAUAUCAACGCAUUCACUCCGAGCGAGUAUCUUGGAACCCAAAUAAAUAACGGGAAUCCACUGAACGAUUGUGUAAGGAAUUACGAUGAUCUUGGAUUUCUCAUGGCAACCUCGAGUAAUAUACUCGGUACAAUCUGUUCCCCUGAUUACAAGCCUCCAGGUCGUUUCCGCUCUGCAAUCAAUCGUGUUGCAUCAUAUAUAGUCCGAAUUCCUAAGCCUGAGACCAAUGAUAUGCUGGCUAUGUAUAGAAAUCCAUUUUACAAUUAUACCUCGCCAACGGCAGAUACCAGCCUCGAAAACCCAAUUUCCGACCAAGAAAUUCUGAAGCUGGUAGAUAGUGGUCUGACCCUACGAAAUAAUCCUAUUAGCCCAUUGCUACAGCCAGCCCGCAAAGUUGACGUUAUAUUGGUGAAUGAUAACAGCGGUGACUUCGAUGGACGAUACCCGAAUGGAACUCGGAUCGAAACGUCCUAUAUCCAUUCUUUUGAAGCCGGAUUAUCUCGUAUGCCAUUCAUACCAUCUCCUGAGAUUUUCGUGUCAAAAGGGCUUAAUACUCGAGCUACCAUCUUUGGAUGCGGCGAUCCAGGCAAGACAACACUCGUUUAUUUACCCAAUAACAUAUAUACCUAUGAUUCAGGGGUCUCGACAUUCAAACUUAACUUUUCACCUAAAAGUACAGAGGCCAUGAUUCGAAACGGGAAUCAAAUCGCAACUCAGGGCAAUCAAGAGGACUGGCCAGUCUGUCUCGGCUGCGCGCUGAUGAUGAAUACAAAACAGAAACUACCAGAGGCCUGCUCUGCGUGUCUUGCCAAGUAUUGUUACAACCCAUGA